CAGUGUCGCUGUGUUUGUGGGCGUGAGGACUUCGCCGUGCUGAGAGCUCCAGUUCAGCUCUCUCUCUCUCUCUCUCUGAGUCUCUCAGUCUGUCUGUCUCUCUGUCUGUCUCUGAAACAACUGGAGGAAAAAACCCGAGCUGUAGGGGAAACGUUACUAAAUCUCAUCAGUUCGCUCCGCUCUGCGCUGUGCGCGCGAGCUCCGUCAGCCGCGGAUCCGCGUUCAGCUCGCGCACAAAGGAAGAAAAUUAAAAGGAGACAAAGACUGAGGAAUGUCACGGCUUUACUGAGGAACCCAGUGCUCUAUCAGACACACUCCCUCCAUCUCACCUUUGUCAUGUGCCUGCCGUCCUGCAGUAUCAUUGGAUGAGAAUUGAGGAUCUUGGCCAAGGACUGCUGAAGAUCUGCCCUGCUGUGGGGUUAUUCCCCCUGCUCCCCAUCCCCCUCUACACCAGUCCACAAACCAUCUUCCAUCUCCUCUGACAUUCCUCUGCUGAAUCCUGAGGGGAAGACCAAACGACUCACUCUGUCGGAUUGUGCUACCACCCAGACGAUAACAGUGGGAGUAAGUCCACUGUGGGUCAUGCUGUGGGCCUGAGUGCUGUAGCUGGAGCUGAAAUGCGGUUGGUUUCGGGGUUGCGGCCCCUCCUGGCCCUGACCCUCACUCUCGCCAGCCUAUUGCACGUGUCUAAUGCUGCCACGCCGUUCCCCCAGGACCUGGAGCCAAUCAGCAUCGUUGGGAGUGAGUACUCCUACCUGUAUCCUGGUUUCCAGGGCAACAUGUCAGAUAAUGACACAGCAAGGCUUGGUCUGGACUUCCAAAGGAUGCUGCGUAUAAACCACAUGCUCUACAUUGCUGCCAGGGAUCAUGUUUUUGCCAUCAAUCUCAGCACAUCGACUGAGCAGAUCAUACCUCAACAGAAACUGACAUGGAAAACAAAAGAUGUGGAAAAAUGCACAGUGAGGGGCAAGAACAGCGAUGAGUGCUACAACUACAUCAAAGUGCUGGUUCCUCGCAAUGACGAAACACUGUUUGCAUGUGGAACCAACGCAUUUAAUCCCACCUGCCGUAACUAUAAGAUGUCCACGCUGGAGCAGGAUGGAGAGGAGGUGGUUGGUCAGGCUCGUUGCCCUUUUGAAUCACGCCAGUCCAACGUUGGCCUGUUUGCUGGUGGUGAUUUUUAUUCAGCCACAAUGACGGAUUUUUUAGCGAGUGAUGCUGUCAUCUACAGAAGUUUAGGAGAAAGCAGUCCAGUCCUGCGAACCGUGAAGUAUGACUCCAAAUGGCUGCGAGAGCCCCAUUUUCUCCAUGCCAUUGAGUAUGGCAACUACGUGUACUUUUUCUUCAGUGAGAUUGCAGUAGAGUACACUACUCUCGGCAAGGUCGUGUUCUCGAGGGUAGCUCGGGUAUGUAAGAACGAUAACGGAGGUUCUCCACGGGUUCUAGAACGCUACUGGACAUCAUUCCUGAAGGCCCGUCUGAACUGCUCUGUUCCUGGCGACUCCUUUUUCUACUUUGAUGUUCUGCAGUCCUUAACUAACGUCAUGCAAAUCAACCGCAGGCCUGCUGUGCUGGGAGUCUUCACCACCCAGGCAAACAGUAUCACUGGCUCCGCUGUGUGUGCCUUCUACAUGGAUGACAUUGAGCGAGCGUUUAGUGGCAAGUUUAAAGAACAAAAGACCAGCGAGUCAGCCUGGACCCCCGUCCCUGAUGAACAGGUGCCCAAGCCCAGGCCUGGUUCCUGUGCUGGAGACAGCUCUGCUGCUGCUUACAAAUCCUCCACCACCUUCCCUGAUGAAACUCUUACCUUCAUCAAGUCUUAUCCACUAAUGGACGAGGCCGUUCCCUCAGUCAACGACCGGCCAUGCUUCACCAGAACCACCAGCAGGUUUAAGUUGACCCAGAUAGCGGUGGAUACGGCCGCUGGGCCUUUUAAGAACCACACGGUUCUGUUCCUGGGAUCAGAGAACGGGCGUGUUCUGAAGGUCCUGGCCAGCACUCACCCUAACUCCACCUACAGCAGCCAGCUUCUGGAGGACAUUGACGUGUACAACCCCACCAAGUGUAAUGUACGUGGGGAGGACAGGAGGAUUCUGGGUCUGGAGUUGGAUAAGGACCAUCAUGCUCUGUUUGUGGCCUUCUCCAGCUGUGUGGUUCGUGUGCCUUUGAGUCGCUGUGCUGACUAUGGAACCUGCAAGAAGAGCUGUCUGUCCUCGCGAGACCCCUACUGUAUCUGGCUGAGGAGCGGAAGCUGUGCCACGGUGGCGCCAGGACUAAAGUCUGGCUUUGAACAGGAUGUGGAGACCGGCUACCCUCAGUACCCAGACAGCUGCCACGAUGUCUUGGCAACCACACGGAAACAGAACACUGCGGUGGAUUCAGCCUACGGAAAGACCUCACCCACAAGCGCCAGCCCAACCAGUCAGGGGCCAGCUCUGCCUAAAGGGCCAGGUGUCCCUGAGCAAGGUACCCACCCUGCGGAGGGGGAGCGGGUGGGGCGGGGUUCCCCUGACUCGGAGCCAAUCAGUGUGGAGAUGGAGGGCGUCCGCCGCCCCCCUGAAGCAGAUAAAUCCAACCACAGUGUUCACUACACUCUGCUAAUAGCGUGUGUGCUUGUGGCUUUCGUCCUGGGCGCCUUUCUCUCCGGCUUCCUCGUCUCCUGUUACUGCAACCACAAUGUCAACAAGACCAAGAGGCUUGCCAAGGACCCGGAGGCUCCCAUCCCUCAUGCUCUGUCUCUGCGCAGCCUGGCCAAGCUGAACGGCCUGCUGGAGAGCCAGGGUAAAGAGGAGAAGCUGGAGGUUUCCUCCCCGAAGAUCUACAACUCUUUCUUCCAGAACGGGAAGGAUCAUCCGCCUCGUAGGACCGCCCACCAUGGUGUGAUGUCAGAGCUUAUUCAUCCUCACCAUCACCAUUCCUCUGAGCUGUCCGGUUUACCUACACCUGAUUCAACGCCAGAGCUGCCCAUCAAGAGCAUGAAGGCCUUCAAGAACCAGUGGGAGAAAAACCAGAAUUGCAACAAUGCCAAAGAGCCAAAGUCCCACAACUCAGUAGGAUCCAGGCCCAGCUCUGGCGUCCAUCAGCAGGUUUACCCCUACUCCCACGGGCUGGUUAGCAGGCAGGUUCUGGGGGGCUCCAUGCACCCAGAGGAGCGGAAGAUCCACAACACAGAGCGAGUGCCCAGCCAGCCACAACACUGCUACCCACACAAGAUCGUUGAUGUUACCUCACUCGACGAGCUUCUAAAGCAUAUCCACGAGAUCAACGUGGCCACCGGGAAAACCCCCACAGUCCUCACCUCAUCCAUGUCAGCCAAUGCAGGCCAAAUGGCAUUCGCCAACCGUGUGCAGCCUCAAAUCCCCGAAACAGAGUCUGCGCCCUACUACAGCUCCUCCACCCUGCCCAGAGACAGUCUGACCCGUCGCAUGGAUGUCCCUCCUGACAUGCCUCCUCAGCACCAGUCUACACUGGAGAGAGUGUCUCGCCACGGCUCCCAGCGCCAUUCCCUCAUGUCCGGUGGAGGAGGAGGGGUGAUGGUGUGCCGUGAGCCCAGCUUCGGCCGCCGCUCCCACCACCCACCUCCUCCUCUCCUGUCCCGCAUGAACUCUACUGGCAGUGAUGUGCGUCAUCCGCUCAUCUCCAAUGGUUACUUGCAGCGCCAGCACAGCUACAGCGAGCAGCCUGAGGUUCACAGGGGGGCCGUGGUACGCCGGACCACCUCGCUCAAACCGGAUGUCCCACCCAAGCCGCUCUUCAUCCCUGCCACCUCCCCAGUCAACCAGGCAGGAAAGUUCAACUACUGAGCUCCGGUGAACUCACUUACCUGCACUUCAGAUCUUAAAGACUGGGGAAAUCUACACGCGUGCAGAGAACGUGUGUAGAGCCAAUAGAUUUCUUAAGUGCGUCUUUGGACAGCUUUUGCCGAAAUGCUGCACUAACCACUGAGAAUUGGAUUCAGAACAACAACCCCUCACGAUUUGAUAAUGGCUGCCAGUGUUGUCGACUUUACAUUUAAACUUAAAACUCUUUUUGUUGUUUUGCUUUUCUUUGUGUCUCAUGGAUAUAUUUGUACCAUAUUGGUAUUGCUCAGCUAUUCGCUUAUAGAAGGUAAGGACCUAGAAGAGAAUGGAACGGCACUCAUCUUGUUCUAGGCUGCCACUGUGUUGAGUGUGGCUUUUUAAGUGUUCUCCUGAACUCUCGAUUAUGGUGUCACUAAUUCUGAGGCUGGGACCUGGACUAAGCUAACAAGUGGGCUUGAGCCUUAUGUGAUUCUGAUCUCUUGCUUUGGCUUAACUAUUCUGUUGAUGUAGAGUUGACAGACUGUACUGACCCCAGCUAGAAACGUGUAUAUAUGCAUGUGUGUGUGUAUAUAUAUGUGUGUUCAUAUCUACACAGUAUAUGUAUACAUAUACAUACACAGUAUAUGUAUCCUGAUGAACAAAUGGAUGAUCUCCUCUGAAAGUAGCUCUUUGCCUUAUUUUGAGAAGUAAACACGUUGUUGAACAGCCCUUCCGGUGAUCUUUUACACUCCAAAUGAAAAUCUCUUGAUAAAACACAUGAGCAAUAACCUGUCCACCAUUACUUUCAUUACUUUUUCCAACAACAGCACUGCCCACCUUUAGUGUAAUGUAGCCAAAAUGUUUUUUGAAAAAAUUGUAAUUGUAAUUCAGUUGAAACGUCUGGUGACCAAAAGCAUGGCUAGAGAAAGUUUUUUUUAUUUGUUUUUCUUUAUAAUUUUUUUUAUUAAUAUUCCCUGCUGUGAAUAUAGAUGUGUGUAAGAGGAAUGUAAUCAGAUCAUUUAAUAUAAUCCAAAGAGCAGUGUCUCUUAAUGCUUAACAUUAUGGGCCAAUUUCUGACGCAAAUUAUGAUUAAAAAAAAAAAAAUUAAUUAACAUAAAACCUCCAAUGUCUAGUCCCCAAUGAAAGUGAAAUUAAGUCCAAGACAGGACUUAAACUGUGAAAAUGGAGUCUGUGUGCCAGAGCGUAACCCCCGGAUUUGAGCUACUCCCACAUUAAAAUUCAUUUGAUCAUAUUUAACAUUGUAGCUAUUUGGUGUAAAUAUAGUAACAAUAACUAGCCAAAUUCUGUUUGUGUAAAUUUGUGCCUUAUUUAAUAUGAUAUGUGCUAUUUGGGGGCAGGGCGGGUAGUGGGUAGGGGGUGAUUGAGGAAAUUAAAGAAGGAGAGAAGAACAAAGUCGAGACGCUACCUUUAUUGUUUAAUUAGAUUUUUUUUUAAGAACAUUGAUAUCUGUGUCAUAUAUAUAAAUAUAAAUAUUCUAUUGUAGAUUUAUAUUUCUAUUUAGACAUUUUUAAUAUUCCCUUACUGUGUGAAGCUAUUACAUUUGGAUCAGCAGCUGCCUGUUUUUUUUUAUAGUAUUUUUUUUUGUCCCCGUUUCUGUUUCAGUUCUUUCUCUGUGUGUGCAUGUAUACUAAUGCAAUGCACCAAACAUGGAUUGCAAGCAACGCUGGUGUGAAGAUUCAUUUAGUGUUCUACAGGGACUAAUUGUUGUCCAGUUAUGAGUGGAUUCAGGUAGAAUGGAUUCAUAUUUUUUUAUUUUUUUAUCAUAAUGUUUUUGUUUUUUGUUUUUUUUAUCAAAAUUGAUGGAGCUUGGCCAAACCUUUAGCUCAGUGGGAAAUUAUAAGUAUUAUUUUGGUUCUGUUAAUCUGUCUGCUUGAAGGGGAGGCUUGGGACUUUGUGCGAUUUGGUAUAUUGUUGCGGUCAUGCAAAAACUUAAAUUUUCCUUUUUUCUAUCACUAUAUAUUAUAAUCAUUAGAGUCUGGCAGUUGUUUUAGUUUUGUUGUUUUUAAAUUUCACAAUGAAUGGACCAAUUAAAACACAAUGGAAUGGCUUAACAUUAUGGGUGGGUGAUAUGGUAAAAACAUAUCAAUGCAUUUUAGGACCUUUUCAUAAUGCACAUAUUGGCAGACCAAAUGCAGUAGAGACAGUAGCAACAGAUAAAAACUACUGUUCAAUUAUUAUCACAUCCUUUGUUUUAAUAUCUGCUGCAGUACUCCCAAUAAAACAGGACUAAUUAUACACUCUGUACUAAAAUUAUAGAUGAGUUCAGUCUGAUCCUAUAUUGACAUCAAGUCCAAUAUUGUCAUUAAUCACUUAUUGCAUUUCUGAAACAGGGCUGAUCUAAUUGCCAAUCUGAAAUUCGGUUUGUUAUACUUCACAACACACUGAAUGAUGGAAAGUAGGAUUUUUUGCAGCCUGUUAGAGCCUUUAUAGUCCACAUAAAAACAGAUUUGUACUGGAAUGUGCAGUUGUGUAUCAGAAUUAGAUCAGAACUAAAAAAUGUGAACCACUUUAGCAGAGAGUACAGUAAAUUGAAAUGUACAGGUGGUCGGUGUUGAGCACUGAUAUAGUCAAUAUGCUUAGAAAAGUGCAUUGUCUCUAUUCACUAAAAUUUGUCAUAUUGCCCAUCCUAUCUCUAGUAACAUCAAGAUUUAUUACUUCUCCUGUAAAGUUGCCAUUUUGGAGAGACAUGGUAUUUGCAUGACCGUGACAGUGUGUGUGUGUGUGUGUGUGCGCGUGCGUGCGUGCGUGCGAAUUUGUUGGGGAUAUAUCAGUUGGCUGGAGUUGAAACAUCUCUCUCUGAGCCGUGCUGCACUGCUGUACUGUCAGGCAGAGCGGCUGUGAAUGCUCUCAAGGACAGCUCUCCCCUCUAGCUUCUCUUUGUGCUAAUGAUGCGUCUGGUUCUGCGUAGAAUUCUUGGUGCUGGUCUGAAAUAGUUUUCCUCUGUACACUUGAAUUAAGCUCUCCAGUCAGCUGCCUGUUAUGAUGCGCUACAGUAUUUUGCCCCAAUGAAACCAAAUGCAAUGUCAUAUUUUAAUAAGUGGCUGAACGUACAUAUGCAACGUACAUAGAUAAGUAGGCAACUGUUGAGUGAAAGCCUGUUUAUAAUAAAUAAUAAAAAAAAACACAAAGUGGCUGCUUAUUGAAGUGAAGUUUGUCAUUUCAGUGGUGCUGAUGAGUGUGAACAGGUCGCCUUUGCAUUGGGGAGAGAAAAUGUAGUUUCUUUGAAUUUCCAUGGAGAUUUUAAAGGAAAGGGAAUGAAUGGUCUGUGUCUGCUUUAUCUGCUCUGACCGCUGAGGUUUUUUGUUAUUGCACAGUGUAAAUAAAGGGGGAUGCCAUGGAGAUGUCCAGAAGGCAGUGUCCUGUUCUGAUUACUGCGGGACUAUAGAGCCACAGCAUCUCCCCUCCUCUGCUUUUCUUGAAUACCAUUGUAUUUUCCUUAUAACAGAAAUAAAUCAGAAUACCUAA